GUCUCACAAUUUGGGUGGGAUCGGAACCAAGCGGGGUCAGGUGGAAUAUCGAAAUUUUCCAUCAAUUCAGAUUUCAGAAAACCUAAAUGCUAAAGCACCGUCGCCUCGCCACGCCACUCGCAGCUUCUAGCCUUCUUCCACAGUCCCACUCACACUCCCAGUUUCUUCCUCAAGUCCACCGUCGGUCGUCGCCGCGUCGCCACUCGCCACACCUCUCGGCUCCCUCUCUAGCGAAAAGAUGCUUGAGAGGCUUCAUCACUAUCAAGGAAAUCGGUGGGUUGUUGGGUCGACGAACAUUUUCUGCUGGCGGUGGUAAAGCAAAGAAGGGCUCUAAAGGGGGUGGUGCCAGUGAUGCUCCUAAAGCAUCAAUACUUACUAAAGAAGUCAAGUCUACAACAGUGGUUGGUGCCAAUAUUCUCAAGGAUGGAGCAGAUCCCAAGAUACUUCCAGAUUCUGAAUACCCUGAUUGGCUCUGGCAUCUGCUUGAUAAACGCACACCAUUGAGUGAAUUAAGAAGGAAGAAUACUGAAACUCUUCCUUACGAGGAUCUCAAGCACUUUGUCAAGCUGGACAAUCGAGCAAGUAUCAAGGAAAACAAUUCUAUUAAGGCCAAGAACUAGUGUAAAGAAAUGUGUAACAACUAGUGUUUUCUGUCCAUUGCCAUGCAUCUUUUUCGUUUAGGAUAGUAGCAUAAACUAUCUUGCUAAUUUAAGCAGCAGCAAAAACUUCCAUUUAUUUGUCUUUGCCUUUCCCCUUUUGAAACAAUGUCUUAUAGACGAAUAUAAUGGUCUGCUUCAUGUGAUCUGAAA